AGUGAGGUCUACGGGAAUUCGGAUUUCGGUUGACUGUGCUCCCGAUGAUUCGGGAGAAUUGGAAUUCGCGCGCAAGCUUUGAAGAUGGGGAAUUUCAUGGCGGAGGUGUGAGGCCGAAGGAGCGGGGUUUGGUUUGGGAAGCAUGGGUCUUCCGACGGAAGCGGAAUUCGCUGGGGAUCGGUUUAACAAGUUGCAGGCUGCGGGCUUUUUGGGAGGUUAUGGAGAUCGGUUCCUGAAGAGAAGGGAGUCAAGUUCUUCUGGAAGUUAUGAGCAUCAGUUUCAGAAGCAUGUGGAUGCGAAUCGAGAUGGGGCUCGUGGUUUGCCGUCUUUGCGUAAGGUGCGUGGGGGCCUGCCUGGAAGUUAUGGAGAUCAGUAUGUAAAGCAGCGACAUUCCUGUCCGUCCGGAAGUUAUGGGGUUCUUUAUCUGAGACAGCGGCUUUCGCUUCCGUUUGGACGUUUGGGAGGUCAAGAACUGCAGCAAGCAGAGCUGAACGCGUCCAGUACAUGUGAGGCUGUGUGUGUCACAGAGCCUCUGAACGCGCUUGAUCAGGCUGCUGAUCUAGGAAGCUAAUGAGCGUUUUGAAUCCACUUUGGCUCUCGAAUUUUCAAGUGAAUGGGGAGUUUUGGUGCACUUUCGGACGAUUUCAUAAUUGACUCUAUGAAGUGACUCUCGGAGUUUCCACUGACAAUUAUUGUGGUCAUAUUCAAGGCUACUGUCCAGAACUUUUCAAGGGAAGAUGCAUUGAAGUCUUUCUACUGUGUAGUUGACGGACGAACUCCUGGAGCCCUAGCAUUUGGUACUUUCUUAAAAUUGCUGCGGUCCAACAAUCUAUCCAGGAGGAGUCCUCUUCAGAUUGUUCAGACCGCGGUGCGGGUUUUGAUUUUGGUCAAAAGUAAGAUCAAGAAUGAGGUAUUGGAUAACAGAUUUGUCUGACGAAUGAUGCCCGAGCUGCCAGAAAGUAUAGUUGAUGAGUAACUCAAAUGCUGACAGGUAGCUUUCAGUUUAGUUAUUAAGCAAGAUGCCUCCAAAAGAGAACCCACCCAAGAAGGACCUUCCUGUUGUUAAAGAGGCAAAGCCCCCAGAUCCAAAGCCCACGGAUACUAAACCUUCCCCGACACAAUCAGGUCCUGCACCAGCGAGUUUUCCUAAUCAUAAUACUCCUGGUGAAACUUCGGGCGCUGAAACAAAGGCUCUAGAAGGAGCAACAGGUGGGGAAUCAGUGAAUCCCGAAAUGAAACCUAUAGACGGGAUGGGUAUGGCUUCAGACCUCAAGCCAUUGACUGGGAUGGACAAUCCUUUUGAGGUUGUGAAGUGGACAUAUAUGUCACCAGCUCUAGAGAAAGAAAGAAAGCACAAAGAAAUUCACACAGAGGUGUUCUGGGCUUCUGGUAAGCCUCCAAAAGAAAGAGACCUACAGAAAGAGAAAGAGCUAGCGAAACUGCUGAUUCCAAAGCCUGGCGAUCCUGACUACUGCGUGUUGAAGUACGGCGAUAUUCCUAGUCCCAAACCUGAUUAUUGCACAGAACAUGGAUGGGUGUCCGGGCCUGGAAGUUCUCAACCACGUCCAAAACCACAGCUGUCAGAUAAAAUCUUGAAGUGUCUAGAGAUGAACCAGAUAGAAAGCAGGGGAUUGCCCGACUGCCACAGCCAUGGAGAUUUAAAGAUUAACAUGUUCGUUGAGGCAGAACUCGUGGAAACAAUCGACAAGUGGGACAUCAGGAAAGAUACUAUCAUCUUGCCUUGUGGUUUUGGUCAUCAACCUUUGCGAUGGCUUGGACAGUCUGCCUGCAUCAGAGUUGCUUUUCUGAAAGAUGAAGCACCAAGCAAGUUCCUCCCACUGGCCAUUAAAACUGCGGAUGGUCUUGUGCUUAAUCCUGACAAGCCCAUAAGGGAGAUUCUUGCAAAUGGAGCGAAGGUCACUAUCGAUUACUCAAGUGGUCCCAGUACAUUCAGAGAACCGUGGUUAGGGCAACCGCCACCUCCAACUACGAACGAGCUCAUACAGCAGUUUUUCGAAAGCUUGCCUAAGGAGCCAGUUGUAGCUGACGUGCCACCGCCUAAGCCACCGCCACCAAAGAAGAAGAAGAAAAAGAAAGGAGUAGAAGAGACUCCUCCACCUCCUGCUCCAGAUCCCGAUAAUCCUGAUGCUCCUCUUGAACCACCACCUCCUCAAUUUUUGGACGCGGAGGUUCAAACGCCUGUUGAUAUAAUAACAUUUCUUGACUGGUCUGCCUACGACAUACCGGCUACGCUAUUGAGAGUUAUGCCACAUCUAGAUGAGGCUGCUCGAAACACUGAAUUCAUGGUUGUGCAAGAGAUCAUGAGGGCAUAUAGUGGCGCGAUGCAAGCCAUGAUCCUGUGGUUUAGUGGACAAGGAAAAGAACUAGAGGACAAGGAUUUCGGUUUAUUGACUCUUGAGCAAUUUCAGAAAUUAUUUCGUGUUAUGAAGUUGUGUCCAUACCCUUUCACAGAAAAUAAAUUGAAAGAGUACUUCAAUAAAUAUGUACCUAUCAACAAAGUUCCCGGCGCAUUUCAACUUUCAAGCUGGGGAUUCUUCCCAAUGUUGCUACAUCUGGCUUCUGACAUGUAUCAAGAGCUCGGACCAGAAGUUCCUUAUCAUGAGAAGAUUUAUCACUUUAUUGUAGAUGACUUUCUGCCCAACUUUGCAAUCGAAGUUAAAAGCACGUUGGAAGAUCUACAUUCGGCUGAAACACCUGAGACAGCGGAUGCUAUCAAAGAUCGUGAAGAAACUGCAAAAGCCGCUCUUAGGGUAGCGAUUCCAGAGUAUUUGGAGGGAAAGCCUGAGCCUGCGAAUCUAGAUCCGAAUGCCCCCUCCCCUGGUGUCCCAGAUCUAAGCACUCCAGAAUUAAAAGCUGCUGCCGUAGAGGAGGCAAUUGCGAAAGCAGAAGAAGAGGAAGCUAAGAAGAAAGUAUCCAAGGAUAAAGAGGAACCACAACCGAUUGUCUUCGCAAACGCUUGGGCUCAAGUGGAUUUGGAAGUGGAUGUGAAGAUAAUUAUGCCUCACUUUAAGAAAUGGCUCGCUCUUGGUGAACGCUGGGAUGACUCUUUGGCAGCAGGAGUUCUUAUUUACGCCCUCCAAACUCCAACGGAUAUUUUCGAAUUCUCUGUUAAAACUGCGACUCUGCGAUUUGGCUACUCAGAAAUCCAAAGGUUUCUGCUGGCGGCAUCACAUUGCAUCUACAAACGGACUCCUCUGAUGCGAGUUUCCGAGCAUUCGUUCCUUCGCACCUACAUGCAGCAGGUGUUCAUACGAGCCAAGGUUGCUCAACCACUGUACAAAACAUAUGAAGAGAAACUCGAGUAUCUGCGCCAGCAAUGUUUCAGACACGAAGCUCCUCUUCCCAAACUACCGGAAAAGAAGAAAGGAUUCAUGUAGAACAGUCUCUACUUUUAGAUUUAUGAGAGUUAAAAAUUGUAUCCUUUGAAUCCAGAGAUACUAGAUCUAUUUUGGAGACAGUAGCGGCUCUGGUCCUUUGAUAAAGCUCUGACGCUAUGUCGUUCCGCGAACGAAAAUAAAAACAUAAACGUGUACAG